AUGGGUACCAUUCGUCAAUCCGCAACACUCACAGUGGUCGUUUUGUUUGCCCUUGUGGCCGCCAUUUUCGCGACACCAGCAGCGGCUCACAACUUCUGCUUCUACGAGUGCUCCGUCUUCGCCAACGCGCCCUCAGACUGCCUUCGCACGUGGUACAUCUACAGCGAAACAGACUUCUGCGACUCCGAUCACAAAUUCGACAGCGUGUUGCGAGUCACAGACCUUGACGGGUUACCCUCUUUCGCUAACUCCUCAGCGUGCGAAGGAUUGAGCAGCGCGCAGGUGUACGGUCAGCUGGAGAACACCACGCAGCACGGAAAUGGAACACUGGAGGUGCUCGGCGAGAAGGACUAUAACGAGGCAGCGUACGACGAGUACGUGGGGUGGAUGGGCGCGGGGCGAGAGCAGUCCAAGUGCAUCAAGUGGUCGCCCGCCGCCGAGACGUACGGCAGCUGGGUCAGCGACGACGCGGGCGUGCCGGUGUACCUCAGCUGCUGGGAGCGCCUCUCGUUGGCGAAGCAGCGACCAAGAAACCAAGUGAACGGCGUCCCCAGCAGCCGCGUGGAGGUGUGGCACGCAGAUCAUGCUGGGCGCGCACGAGAGGAGGGCGGCGGUGGCGCUGGCAGGGGUGCGGUGGGCAUGCUGGGGAAGUCGGGCGCCACCUCCACGUGCUGCUCCCCCUGCCCUCCGCCAUGCCGUGGUGUGUGGUGGGCGCAUGGCAUGCAUGGGGGGGAUGAUGGGGGUAAGCACUCAUGGGUGCAGUCAUGGGUGCACUCAUGGGUGCACGUGGUGCGAGGAAAGGGUGGUUGGGAACAAGGGGAGGGUGGGAACGAGGGGGGGGGCGAGGAGUACCUGCAGGAGGGCGAGUACCUGCAGGAGGGCGAGUACCUGCAGGAGGGCGAGUACCUGCAGGAGGGCGAGUGCCUGCAGGAGGGCGAGUGCCUGCAGGAGGGCGAGUGCCUGCAGGAGGGCGAGUGCCUGCAGGAGGGCGAGUGCCUGCAGGAGGGCGAGUACCUGCAGGAGGGCGAGUGCCUGCAGGAGGGCGAGGAGGGCGGCGAGCAGCGAGUUGAGCAGCAAGACGAGGCAGAACACAUUGCCCGCCACCACCCCACACGCGUAGUACCUGCCGUGUGCCACCGCAGCACCAUGGCACGGCAGCACGGCAGAGGCAGAGGAGCACUCUCGAGUGACAGAGGAGCGCUCUCGAGUGACAGCAAGCCAGUGAGAGGUGUGAGGGCGGAGGAGGGAGCGGCGGUGCCAUGGGCGCACCUGGAGAGGCGGGUGGGCGCACCUGGAGAGGCGGGUGGGCGCACCUGGAGAGGCGGGUGGGCGCACCUGGAGAGCUGUACAUGCGCGACACCUGGCCGCCCCCCAUCCCCAUGCGCGCGUGGUGAUGCGGUGCAACCAGGAGAUGCGCGUGGUGAUGCGGUGCAACCAGGAGAUGCGCGUGGUGAUGCGGUGCAACCAGGAGAUGCGCGUGGUGAUGCGGUGCAACCAGGAGAUGUGCGUGGUGAUGCGGUGCAACCAGGAGAUGCACGUGGUGAUGCGGUGCAACCAGGAGAUGCGCGUGGUGAUGCGGUGCAACCAAGAGAUGCGCGUGGUGAUGCGGUGCAACCAGGAGAUGCGCGUGGUGGAGGGCAGCAGGGUGGGGGACAGUGGGGAGGGGGGCAUGAGUGCGGCAGAGAGGCGCAGCACAGAGUGCGGCAGAGAGGCGCAGCACAGAGUGCGGCAGAGAGGCGCAGCACAGAACCGCAGCAGGCGGCCUCGAGAAUGGCAAUGCAGAAGGCCUCUGUCAGCGAGCUGGGGGGGGGUGAGAGCGAGAGAGAGAGAGAGAGAGAGAGAGAGAGAGAGAGAGAGAGAGAGAGAGAGAGAGAGAGAGAGAGAGAGAGAGAGAGAGAGAGAGAGAGGGGCGAGGCAUGGCAUGCAGGCUUGAGCAGCGCACAGCAGCGAGAUGUGAGAGAAGGACGGAUGGGAGAAGGCGCAGAGGGAAGCUGCAAAAGGAGGGGAGAUGAUGGGAGAGGAGAAGGAAGUGAGUGGGCAAGGCGAGACACACACAGAAGCGGAGAACUGUGCAGAGAGUUGUGUGGUGCGAGGUGGAUGGGGGGCGAGGCGGGGGAGAGGCGACAAGGGCGAGAUGAGUGA